AUGGGUGUCCUUGAACAGCUCUCCCGCAAGUCCGGUGUCAUCGUUGGUGAUGACGUUCUCCGUCUCUUCAACUACGCUAAGGAGAAGGGCUUUGCUAUCCCCGCCAUUAACGUGACUUCCUCCUCCACCGUCGUCUCUUGCCUUGAGGCUGCUCGCGACCAGAAGUGCCCCAUCGUCCUCCAGGUCUCUCAGGGUGGUGCUGCCUACUUCGCUGGCAAGGGUGUCAGCAACGAUGGCCAGAAGGCCUCCAUUGCCGGUGGUAUCGCCGCUGCCCACUACAUCCGCAGCAUUGCUCCCACCUACGGCGUCCCCGUCGUCCUCCACACCGACCACUGCGCCAAGAAGCUCCUUCCCUGGCUCGAUGGUCUCCUCGACGCGGAUGAGGAGUACUUCAAGCUCCACGGCGAGCCCCUCUUCUCCAGCCACAUGAUUGACCUGUCUGAGGAGCCCGUCGACUACAACAUCCAGACCACCGCCGCUUACCUCAAGCGUGCUGCCCCCAUGAAGCAGUGGCUCGAGAUGGAAAUCGGUAUCACCGGUGGUGAGGAGGAUGGUGUCAACAACGAGGAUGUUGACAACAACUCCCUGUACACUCAGCCCGAGGACAUCCUUGCCAUCCACAACGCCCUUGCUCCCAUCAGCCCCUACUUCUCCAUUGCCGCUGGUUUCGGUAAUGUGCACGGUGUCUACAAGCCCGGCAACGUCCGUCUCCACCCCGAGCUUCUCCAGAAGCACCAGGCCUACGUCAAGGAGAAGACCGGCUCCUCCUCUGACAAGCCCGUCUUCUUUGUCUUCCACGGUGGCUCCGGCUCUUCCAAGGAGGAGUACAAGGAGGCUAUCAGCUACGGUGUUGUCAAGGUCAACCUUGACACUGACAUGCAGUUCGCCUACAUGUCCGGUAUCCGUGACUACAUGCUCAACAAGAAGGACUACCUCCUGACCGCUGUCGGUAACCCCGACGGUGAGGACAAGCCCAACAAGAAGUUCUUCGACCCCCGCGUCUGGGUUCGUGAGGGUGAGAAGACCAUGUCCAAGCGUGUCCAGGUUGCUCUGGAGGACUUCAACACUGCUGGCCAGCUGUAA